AUGGAGCUAGGGCUAGGGUAUGCGACUCACAACCUUACAAUGACGAUCCAUGUGAUGUUGACGCUGUGUGUGGGCGUGGUUCUCAUGUACGUGGCACUUGUGCUUGCGACACCGAAGGCGCUGCAUACGAGUGCCGAGGAACGCAGGUAUGUGAGUGCAGCGCACAUGGAUGAGCCGAGACCCUUGCCGUCGCUGGAAGAGCCGGCUCAGGUGCAGCUAAGUGUGGUGGUGCCGAUGUACAAUGAAGAGCAGCGGCUCGAGUCGAUGCUGGAUGAUGCGCUUGACUGGCUCGAGAGCGUGCGUGCCUCGCAUCUUCCUUUGGGAGAGGGCGUAGAGAGUCGCUAUGCAGUGACUAUGCCUUUGCGUGAGCCUCUACGCACGUAUGAGGUGUUGAUGGUCGACGACGGUUCACGGGACAAGACAGUGGAUGUGGCGCGGCGGUAUACCCAGCGCCGAACGCUGCCGGAUGGUGCAGAGCUCCGCAUAACGUGCAUGCAUCCAAAUCGCGGCAAGGGUGCGGCCGUGCGGCAUGGUGUCUUGCAUGCGCGAGGUGCCUUUAUUUUGUUUGCUGAUGCCGAUGGGGCGACGCAGUUUAGCGAGUUGGCCAAGCUGGCGCGAGAGAUGGUGCGUGUUAUGACGCCUGCAGGUCAGGGCAUGGUAGUGGGGUCGCGUGCGCAUUUGGUGACCAGUGAGGCGGUGGUCAAACGCAGUUUCCUGCGCAACUUGUUGAUGCGGUGCUUCCACCUGACGCUAUCGCUGCUGAUGCGGCCGCCGACGCUCAGUGGUCUGUGGCCACGCAUUCGGCCCGCUGGAGCGACUGUGAUGCGCCUGCCGCGGCAGCCUGAAAUCCGCGACACGCAGUGUGGCUUCAAGCUGUUCGCACGUGCGACGGCGCAGCGGCUGUUUCCGCUCGCACACAUUGACCGCUGGAUCUUUGACGUCGAGCUGCUGCUUCUGGCGGAAAUGGCAUGUCGCAUGAGCGAGGCCGAUCACGUCGCACGCCCCGAGGCGAUGCGUGGAGAUGGCCAUGAUACCCUUCUUCGCCUGCCGCUUCCCGUCGCGGAAGUGGCCGUCCAUUGGACGGAAAUUGACGGCAGCAAAAUCCAUCUGCUCACAGACUCGCUACGUAUGGGGCGCGACCUCAUUGUGAUCCGCCUGAACUACUGGCUUGGCCGCUGGCGCGGCCCGCCCAGUGUGUACGCCUGA